AAAAAGUUUUGGGUGAGAUAAAGAGCCGCUUAGCCCGAUAAGCCUUGAAGGCGGUCAAAUUUUCCUUGAAGCUUCACCUGUAUUAGAAUCAGUCCCUCGAUCUCUGGCCCAAUCCUUCUGCUAAAAGGACGCUUGCUUCAGUCACUCAGAGUCUACCAAAAGGCACACAAAACUCCAGGAUCCUGAAAUUCCAUUGAGAGCAUCUUUGUGCAUAUCGACAUCCCCGUUUGCGCGAUCCUCUUCAAUUGCAACUUGACCCCGCCAACCCUCCAAGCAGCCAACAUGUCGUCCGUCAAGCGAAGAAAGCUGUCGAGCGAUGCGCCGAAGUUCCAGAUGAAUGCGCCAAAGCCGAAGCUCAAGGCAGCAAAGAUCCAGAAGAAAGUGGUCCCCGUAGAGCCUGAGAGCGACAGCGAAUCGUCCAAAGGCGAACACCAAGAGUCUGCCAACUCAGACGCGAGUGAUGAUGAAGAGCCCACAGAACCAACUACGCAAGACGAUCCUAGGAGCGACGCAAAACAUGGCGACGCCGCGGCUUCUGAAGAAACAGAGGAGGAAGUCCCUAAAACGUUCAAGGAGCUUGGGGUCGUCGAGGCUCUUUGCGAUGCUUGCGAAUCGUUAGGCUACACGCAACCAACACCCAUCCAGGCGAAGUCUAUCCCGUUGGCUCUCCAAGGGCGUGAUAUUAUCGGUCUGGCAGAGACAGGAUCUGGAAAGACCGCUGCGUUCGCCCUUCCAAUUCUUCAAGAGCUGCUGGCCAAACCCCAACCACUGUUUGGCCUUGUACUCGCCCCGACGCGUGAAUUGGCCGCGCAGAUUGGUCAAGCCUUUGAAGCUCUGGGCUCCCUCAUCUCAGUACGAUGUGCUGUCAUUGUAGGUGGUCUAGACAUGGUAUCACAAUCAAUUGCUUUAGCCAAAAAGCCGCAUAUCAUCGUGGCCACGCCGGGUCGUUUGCUUGACCAUCUCGAAAAAACCAAGGGAUUUAGUUUGCGCCAGCUGAAAUACCUGGUGAUGGACGAGGCAGACAGACUGCUGGAUUUGGAUUUCGGCCCCAUUCUCGACAAGAUCCUUAAGUUUGUGCCGCGAGAGAGACGCACAUACUUGUUUUCAGCUACUAUGUCGAACAAGAUUGAGAGUCUCCAGCGUGCUAGUUUGCGCGAUCCGCUGAAAGUCAGCAUUACAACCAACAAGUAUCAGACCGUGUCGACACUGCUGCAGAACUACCUGUUCAUCCCGCAUAUCCACAAAGACACGUACCUCAUUUUCUUGACCAAUGAAUUCGCGGGUCAGAGCGCCAUUUGUUUCACUAGAACAGUUUGGGAAACCCAAAGAAUAGCGAUCUUAUUGAGAGGGCUCGGAUUUGGGGCCAUCCCACUUCACGGCCAACUCUCGCAAUCAGCACGUCUAGGCGCCCUAAGCAAGUUCAAAGCCGGAAGCCGAGACAUCUUGGUGGCCACAGAUGUUGCUGCCCGUGGUCUGGAUAUCCCGAAGGUCGAUGUUGUUUUCAACUACGACUUACCACAGGACAGCAAAACUUAUAUCCAUCGUGUGGGUCGUACCGCCCGAGCAGGAAAGUCCGGAAGGGCCAUCAGUCUGGUUACCCAGUACGACCUGGAAAUUUGGCUCCGCAUCGAGGCCGCGUUGGGUAAGAAGCAGGAGGAGUACCAGACGGACAAGGAUGAAGUGAUGGUAUUCAAGUCGAGAGUAGAGGAAGCCCAACGGCAUGCGCGGAACGAGAUGAAGACGCUGAUCGAAGACCGUGGAAACAGAGGUGCCACCCUGAGAGGCAAGGGCAAGUUCCAGCCCAAGAAUGGUAAGAGGGGACGCGAUCACAUGGAUACAGAAGAGGGCUAGUUGAACUAUGUGCGCUGAAACAGUGUUAUGAGGUAGUAUAAUGGAAGUCAGUUUAUACCUUGC